UUUAAGGGCACAAACAAAAUCUAGUGCGCAUGCGCACUGCGAUUGUUCCCGGAAGUAUAUCUAUGCACGUGUAGCCUUUGACAACCUUGAAAAGACCACAAAACAAUUAUCUUGUAGCAUAUGUGACAUAACUAACCGUUUCCGUGAUGCCAGUAACAAGAUUACUAUACCCUCUCUACCAACUAGGCAAUCCUCAGCUUAGGAUCUUCAGACCCAACUGGUUCUUGACCCUGGUGAGGCCAGGAAAACAGCAGCCUCCCGACACUGUCCAGUUUCGCGUCCCAAUGGUAAUGACCAAGUAUGACAUAAAGAACUACCUGGAGAGGAUCUAUAAUGUUCCUGUUGGAGUAGUCCGUACCAGGAUACAGUUUGGCUCCAACAAAAAGAGGAAUCACCUGAACCAGAAGGUUAAGCAGCCUGACUAUAAAGUAGCUUACGUUCAGCUGGCCCAGGGCCAAACGUUCACCUUCCCGGACAUCUUUCCAGAAAAGGACCAGGUGUCGGCGGAGGGCUCCAUUGAGGCGCUGCAGAAGCAGUUCAUGGAGGAUGAGAAGCAGAGGCAGAAACAUGACCCUAGGAGAGGUGGGGUCACAGAGUGGUUUGGACUCUGAGACAGCUCACUCACCUGGAACUCUGUUUGUGCAAGGGGUGUUUCACUGGCAUCAGCAUGUAUACUGCAGCUCUACCACAUGACUGUUGUGAUGUCAUGUCUAUUUCUGUAAGAAAAACUCAUAAAUGUGUAAUAAAGAUGAACGAGCAUGUGUGUGUGGAGCCUGGAGACGUGUUGGGUGUGUGUGUGAGUUUGCAAGGCUUUGCUCAAGAAACCCGAGCCAGAAGAGAAUCACAGGAGGAGGAGGAAAGUGGCCCGACUCCAUCUUUCAUGAAACCAGCCCACCAUACAGAAUCUCCCUCACCUCAGAUGACCCCUUGUCCUUCCUCCUCCUACUCUUCCUGCUCCACCUCCUCUUGCUCCUCCUCUUUGGCAUUAGAACCUCAGCAUCUCCUCCUUUGUCUCGCCUCCUUUCUCAGGAGUUUCCUUUUUGUCUCUCUUCUUUGUUAUCCCUCUGUGCCCUGGGUCCUCUGCUACACUACUCCCUCCACCAUGCUGGGGAGUGGCACAGUGUGGUAUUCCUAGAAGCCCUGACUCUCAGCCAAAUGGAUCAGAAUACCUGGACAGCUCCUUUCUUCUUUUAUGAAGGUUGCCUUGGAAUAAUUGGCCACUUCAUGCAAAUAGCAGUUGAGAUGUUUAAGCAAAGCAACAACAUGGAGUUUACUGUUGUUUUAUUUUUUUAUGGUAACACCUCUUGCUAUGACUUUUUAGAAAAGAGUGUUCCCUGUGUGUGUGUGUGUGUGUGUUUGUGUGUUUGUAGGUCUAGGACUAAAAGAUAUGCCAGGUAAUUGGUCUAUGUGGUCAGCUGUUGGAAUAGGAGCUAAUAAACAGCCACUUG